UCGACCUUUCCUCUGGUGCACUUAGAGAACGAAUCUCUCCUGGAGAACCUCUCCAGCAUGGGAGUGGACCUGGCGUCGGCCCGUCGACGGCAGCCGGGCGUCCUGAGAAAGCAGCUCACCAAUGAACAAGGUCUCGCCCUCUUCCUGAAGAGCAAAGGUGCCGAUCCUGAGACCAUCGCCAGCAUCAUCUCCCGCUUCCCGCGGUCCAUCACCCGCUCCUGCGAGCACCUGGAGGAGCGCUGGACGCUGUGGAGGAACGUCUUCAGGAGUGACCACGAGGUGGUGGGGAUCCUCUCACGUUCACCCGAGUCCUUCUUCCGCUCCAGUGACAACAAAAACCUGCAGGAGAACAUCUCGUUCUUGAUGUCGCUGGGAAUCACGACUAAGGAUCUGCACCGGCUGCUCACCACUGCGCCGCGGACCUUCUCUAACAGCGUGGAGCUGAACCGAAACAUGGUGGAGCUCCUGCAGAGCAUCUGCGUGAGCCUGUGCGGAAAUGACCCCAAGCUCUUCGCCAGAACCAUCAUCUCCAGGAACCUUUACAUCUUCAUCCGCAGCACCAACCGUAUCCGCACCAACGUGGACUUCUUGAUGAGCUCCUUGAGUUUGAGUAACUCCGAGGCGCUGGCUUUGUUCCAGAGCCACGGUGCUCAGAUCCUGGACCUGUCGCACGAGAGCCUGAAGAAGAACUCCGAGAGCCUGCGCCGGAAGCUUUGCACUCUGGGCUGCGGCGCCGACGACUUCAAAGCCAUGAUCCUGAAUUACUCGCUGGUGUUGUUCAUCUCUUCGGAGCGGCUGAACGAGAAAGUGGACUGCCUGAUCGAGGCCGGGAUCCACCCACAGCAGAUCGUGCAGAAGCCCAAGGUCCUGGACUUCAGUCUCGCCAGCAUCAGGCAGCGGCUGCACCAUCUGAAGCGGCUGGGCUAUGACUUCCAGAAGAGCGGCAUUGCUGUCUUAGACACCAGCAAGAAACGCUUCAGUGCCAAAUUAGAGAGACUGGGUUCACCAGAGGAAUAAAGACAAGACGUUCAUUAGGAUUCACUGUGGAUACAUGUCUGUUUCGUCUGAUAAUGUCCGAUAAUAUACGAUAUGGGAUAUAUCUGAUAAUAUCCGACAAUAUACAAUAAUGUCUGAUAAUUUCCAACAAUAUCCGAUAAUGUCUGAUAAUGCCUGAUAAUAUCCGACAAUGUCCAAUAUUGUCUAAUGUCUGAUAAUAUCCAACAAUGUCUGAUAAUAUCCGACAAUAUCUGAUAAUGUCCGAUAAUGUCUGAUAAUAUCCGACAAUAUCCGAUUAAUGUCUGAUAAUGUCUGAUAAUGUCCAAUAAUAUCCGACAAUAUCCAAUAAUGUCUGAUAAUGUCCGACAAUAUCCAGUAAUGUCUGAUAAUAUCCAAUAACGUCUGAUAAUAUCCAACAAUAUACAAUAAUGUCUGAUAAUUUCCAACAAUAUCCGAUAAUGUCUGAUAAUGCCUGAUAAUAUAUGAUAUGGGAUAUAUCUGAUAAUUUCCAACAAUAUCCGAUAAUGUCUGAUAAUGCCUGAUAAUAUCCGAUAAUGUCCUAUAUUGUCUAAUGUCUAAUAAUAAUAUCCGACAAUAUCUGAUAAUGUCCGAUAAUGUCUGAUAAUAUCCGACAAUAUCUGAUAAUAUCCGAUAAUGUCUGAUAAUAUCCAACAAUGUCUGAUAAUAUCCGACAAUAUCUGAUAAUGUCCGAUAAUGUCUGAUAAUAUCCGACAAUAUCCGAUUAAUGUCUGAUAAUGUCCAAUAAUAUCCGACAAUAUCCAAUAAUGUCUGAUAAUGUCCGACAAUAUCCAGUAAUGUCUGAUAAUAUCCAAUAACGUCUGAUAAUAUCCAACAAUAUCCGAUGAUAUCCGACAAUAUCUGAUAAUAUCCAAUAAUGUCUGAUAAUGUCUGAUAAUAUCUGAUAAUAUCCGACAAUAUCCAAUAAUGUCUGAUAAUAUCCCAUAAUGUCUGAUAAUGUCCGACAAGAUCCAAUAAUGUCUGAUAAUAUCCAAUAACGUCUGAUAAUAUCCAACAAUAUCCGAUAAUGUCUGAUGAAGCCAGUGUCUUUGGCUUGAACACGUUGUACAAGCAUAGAAAUGUCUGUUCACUUUUAACUUUAUUUGUAAAAUAUGCCAAAGUGAUUCAUAAAAUGUUUUCUUUUUUUUUAGAUAUCUCCUGUGUAUAAUUUGGUAAAAAUGUAUUGACCUGUUGAACAUAUAAACACAUAAAUUAACAUGAGCUCGUGGUUAUAACACAAUCAUUAACUCUUUUAUUUCAAAAGUCCCGUUUUUCACAAUAUGACCACAUUUAAGGGGCCGUUCACACAGAACACAUUUUCCUGUUAAAAUGUUACAGUACAAAAUAUGCCAAAGUGACUGAUAAAAUGAUCAAUUUUGUUUAGAUUUCUCCUAUGUUUAUUUUUGAUAAAAUGGUUGAGAAGUGAUGUAGCCUACCUGUGCUUAUCAUAUAAAUAUUAUAUAAACACAUGAAUUAAACGAGCUAAAUGAGCAAAAAUGCACUGUAAAACAAUGUAUAUUGUUUGAUGAAGAACAUUAAAACAUUAAAAGCCCUAAUAUUUUCUUAA